CUUCUCGCAUAUAUCUACAGUGAAUCACCAAGCAGGUGGUUUAUACCCCCUAUGCUGUUUUCGACUAUUAAAUCGAAAUAAACUUAACGGCUGUGGGAUUUUUGAAAUAAAUUAAUUAAUGUAUUUAUUAAUGUUUUUAUUUACUGUAUUUAAAGCCUCUGUUAUUAACGGUCAGUGCGAUGUCUUUCAUUUUUAAAUCGAGGAGGUUGGGAGCCGAAAAAAUAAGUAAUGCGAAUCAUAACGUUCCUUGGCAGAAUAGAAAAAACAACCAAUCAGAAUUGUCUACCACUUUAUCAGUUCACCAUUAACAUAAGUUAGGUUUUCUCAGGGAUAUCCCAUCAUGUUCCCGCUUCAGGGGACACAGAACCUGCCGCCUAUAGUGAUGACCAGCACACAAAUACCUCAGCCUCCAUCAAGAAGUAGUUUUCUGUGCUUGGGGGAGACGCUCACUUCCAUGCAGCACUAUUAUAUGCCCUCAUUCCCAGAUUUUUUUCAAGGUGGUUCCCUCCAGUUCCUGCCAGAGGUGCCACAGACCUCACCAUCUAUGGCCUUGUCCAACUUGCAAACAACAGAGCCUCCACCAAGAACCCAGGAGAGUGGUGGUUCUCUGUUUGCCCCAAAGGAGUAUGUUCAGCCAACACUACCAGGCUGUACAAGUGAUUUGGCAAGCUACCAGCUGCAUAACCCCACCUCCAGCGUCCCCCAGUGUUCAGCAGAAGACAGUGCUCACAGCUCCCAGAAACCUAUAGAAAAACCCUUAGAGAAGAGGGAGCUCCGCUUAAUGAAGAACAGGGAAGCUGCCCGGGAGUGUCGACGAAAGAAGAAGGAGUAUAUCAGAUGCCUCGAACAACGAGUGGUUGUGCUCGAAAAUCAAAGCAAGUCUCUGAUGGAGGAGCUGAGAGCCUUAAAAGACAUCCACAAAGUCGAGUGAUUUGUCCGACCAGACGAGAAACUGGGAUUGUGUAGACUGUGCUGAUCUCACACAAAACACUCCUUGUCCUUGCUAUUAAAUGUGUUUACACGAUGAUGUCAGUGUUUCAGGCUCAGAAUUAUCCAUGCACCACCAGCAAAAACAAGAACCUUGUUUCAGGUCAGACUUAUCAGUGAGCACUAUGAAGAACUUUUGGCCCAGGCAGCCUUCCAGAGCAAGAAGGAAGAGGAGGAAGCAGUAUGUGUGGACACCUGCAGACUCACAACGCCUUACAGGAGACUGAAAACCAGAAGCUGCAGGACCAGAUGAUGAGGUUAAACUAACAAAAAAAAAGAUCGGUCACUUAUGCCUAUGCUGCCAUCACUUUAACUGCACCGCAUUUCACAUUCCUUGCAAUCCAGUUUCAGGAUUUGGCUCUUUUAGAAUACUGUAUUAAUUGAAAGUCUUUGUGAUGGUAUGGAGGUUUGUUCAGGGAAAAUGCUGCCAGAAACCAAAUGUUCAAUCACAAGGGUGUCACGUAGUUUGUGUUUGAUUUUUAAUUUACUUCACAAAUCAUAAUGCAAGCAUACUCCAAGGGCUCAUUAGUCUUAUUCAUCCUCCAUUUUUAAUGCAGAGGCCUGUCAGGAUGUGUUGUGCAUCAGUGGCUUUUUUUUUCAUUUUAUUUGUGCCCUAUUUAUAUUUUUGACCUACUGCCACACAGUUGGUUGUAUAUUCAGUUAACAAGUACAGAUUUGUGGAGAUUGUGGAAAUGAACUUACUGUUGGGUUUAGUUUUUUUGUGUCCUUUAUUUCAGUAUAUACGGAUUAAUUUAGAAUUUUAUUGAUUUGUCAUUUAUUUUGAUGGCAAAUUUGUUGCUGAAAUCCACCUUUGUCACUCACAGUUGGUAUUUUAUUUCUCUGUGACAUUUCAGUUGUUGUCUUGUUAUGGCCAUACCAACUUUGAGGUUUCCUUAAUAUUUUGUAAAUGUUUUUGCUUCAGUAAAGUUCUUGUUUGAA